AUGGGCUCAACACAAUUUGGGAAUUUCGGCAAUUUUUGUCGUGAUUCCACGCUCCCAGUGUGCAACUUGCUCACCAACAGCCACGACCAGAAUGGAGGAUGGGGCGGCUGCGCACUCACGGGCAUCGCGCUGAGCGGUGGGAGGAGGCUGGGCAACCUGGGCUCGAUAUUACUAUGCGGUGUCGCGAUCGCUACGGCCAUCUAUCUGAUUCUGCGCUCCGAGCGCAAAAAAGCGGCUGUCGGAAGGAGGGAAAUGCAGUUGUUCCUCGUCGGUUAUAUCGUCAUUUCGAUUUGCGAGAUUUUCACAGUCGGGGAGUUUCCCCUAAGCUCCACAGUUCGCAUAGCGUUCACUGGCAUCCACAUCGGCUUCAUCAUUGCGACCACCUGGAUGCUGAUGCUGAAUGCCGUCGUCGGGUACCAAUUCAUUGACGACGGCACACCAAUGUCGCUCGGCCUAAUUCUGGCAUCUGCCAUCGUGCUACUGGUCGGGACGGGCUACAUCGCUCUUGACACCGGGUUCAACUGGACAGGCACGUUCGAAUCGAGCUACGACGGCCCUAAUUACCGAAACAUCGCGCUGUAUGUGCUGUACCAGCUGGCGCCGCUGAUCUUCCUCGUUGCAUUCUACGUCCUCGAGACCGUUCUAGUCUUGCGAGUGCUGGGCGAGACAAGGCCCAUGGUCUAUCUCACUCUGGCCGCCAUCCUUUUUGCACUGGGCCAAAUCUUCAACUACGCGAUCAGCCCGCAUAUUUGCAACGGCACGAGCGGCAAGAUUGACGGCGCAUUGUUCGAGACGCUCUUUACCCUGCUCUCGGUUGUCAUGGUCUGGGUUUUCUGGUCCUCUAUCACGGAAGACGAUUGGCCCAUGCCUGUUGGGAACUAUCCAUAA